AAAACACAUUACCAAAUUCACAAACCCAUUUCCUAAAUUUCAAAGUUCCAAUAUUAUUAGAUUUUCGAAAUUAAAAUGGCCUCUAUCAAAGCUAUUGGUGUUCUCUGUUUAGUACUUUGUAUGUCAGUGAUUGAAUCAGAAGCAGGGCGUGUGGCCAGGAAGAACCUGGGCCUUGAUCUUGGUGGCUUGGGAGUUGGGCUUGGCCUUGGCUUGGGCUUGGGCGUAGGCGGUGGAAGUGGGUCGGGUGCUGGAGCCGGGUCUGGAUCCGGAUCCGGUUCUGGGUCUGGGUCCUAUUCGUCUUCGUCCUCACAUUCAUCAAGCUCUAGCUAUGGAGGGUCCGGUGCAGGCUCUGAGGCUGGUUCAUAUGCAGGGUCUUACGCAGGGUCACGUGCUGGGUCAGGUUCUGACAGAAGAAACGGCGCCAGCGGGGGAGAGGCUCAUGGCUACGGCGAGGGACAUGGUUAUGGUGAAGGCGGUAACAACUGAAAGAAAGCAAAGAGGGUGGAAAGGAUGAAAAUUAGGAUAUUGAAUAAAAACCACAGCCGGUGGUAUCAAGUAAUACUUGUAUGCAUUUUCAGUAUCACCUCUCUUUAUAAUUCCUUCGCUAAAAUAAAAGAUUAUCAUUGUCAAUUAGAUAAUUUGGUAGGAUGAAUAAAGAUAAAUGAUGUUUUAAAUUCAUAUAAGUAUUUUUUAAUUACAGUUGGCAUAGUACUUUGUAUCAUGGUAUCGAUAAAUUUAUGAUUUUGUUCACUUUAAGUUUUAAGGAUGACUACUUUUGUUAA